GCAUAUUAACCACUGCGUUGAAUAGAAUCGUACAAUUUAAAGGUGUUAUAGCAGUUGUAUAGUAGUUCAAAUAUAAUUCACAAAUAAAGUAGACGAAGGAAUCUUAAAAAUCGUAUACAAAGUUAAUAUUUGCAAGAUGAGUAGAAAGGAAGCAUUGUCUCAAUUUAUCCAACAGAUCCAUGGACGCCCUGUUGUCGUGAAAUUGAACAGUGGUGUAGAUUACAGAGGUGUCUUGGCUUGUCUUGAUGGUUAUAUGAAUAUAGCACUUGAACAAACAGAAGAAUAUGUAAAUGGUCAGUUAAAAGACAAAUAUGGUGAUGCUUUUAUUCGUGGUAAUAAUGUAUUAUAUAUCAGUACACAAAAACGUAGGACCUAA